AUGACUACUAAGGCAAUACUAUUUCUUGCGCUCGCGUGCGCAGUAACUGCUGUGCGAGGAGAGAUUACCAAGGACCACCCAACGCUAUGCGGCCGAACAAAAUGCAAGAUUCCGUCGGAAAAAAAAUUCAAAUAUCACGAAGAUAUCCACUACAUAUAUACAUACUCUGUGGAUGUAAGCACAAAUCUGGGCUAUCAUCCGUUGUCAUCCAGUUAUUCAAGAAAUGAUUCAGCUCUACACGUUGAUGCUACCCUGUCCAUACACUUCAACAGCCCCUGCGAGGGCACUCUAAGAAUUCUGAAUGCCAGCAUCAGCCACGAUCGUAGCACAUACAAUCCUAAAUUUCCGGAUCGCGCUGAUUCCGAAUUCAAGGCCAACCUUGAGCGCCACGAGUUGAGGUUCACUUUCGAUGAUGGGUUGAUCCACGAGCUAUGCCCAGAUCAACAUGAAUUGGCCUGGGUGUUGAAUAUUAAGCGGGGCAUCUUGUCGAUGUUGCAAAACAGCAUGCGACGCUUCGACAUAGACCAUCACGACGAUGAGGUGGAUGUUCACGGUAUCUGCGAUACUCACUACCGCCUGUACGAGGCCAAAAAAACCAGCCUGAUUGUGAAGAAGAGCAAGUACCUGGCUGACUGUCGAAACGGCCCCAAAUAUUUCUCUAUCGUGCAGUCGAAUCCCUAUAGAAGUCCGCGAAAGCAACAUCGUCAGCAUGGAUUGUUCAAUUCACGUAGCGAUUGCGAAAUCACGAUCGAUCAUAAUGUCUAUGAGAGAGUAGUCUGUAAUGAGGUGCGAAUACUGCAGCCUCUUUCCAAUGGUGAUAAAGCUGGUGCCAAGACCGAGUCUCGGACGGUCCUUCAGCUGGUUCAAGAAACAACGGAAACGAGUUCCAUUUACGGAUUCGAAGAGAAUGAAAACAAUAAUGACGAAGGAAGAGACGAGGAUAACUUCGUACGAAGUGUACCUCGUGUCAAGAGAACCACGUUAUUAUACGACCACACAAAGACUCUGAAAACUAUGCACGGUGAGAUGCGGACUUCCAGAGACUUGCUAAAGAAUAUGUGCAGGCUUGGGGGCAUCGAUGAGUUGCAGCAGAGAUUUUCCGAAAUAUUCACUAAUUUCAUUCAUUCUACUCGUUUCCUGGAUUAUUCUUUACUAUCACAGCUGUUCAACAAAGCCGAUAGCAUUUGCAAAAACGGGAAGAAGUACAUUAUCGCGGCAUUGCCGUAUUUAAGUAGCAAUGCCGCAGUGAAUGUGAUGAAUGAUUUGAUAAUGAAGAAAUACGUCAAUCAGGCGAUCAUCAACGAUUGGAUUGUCACUUUUGCUUUGUUUCCACAACCGGAUCACGACACCAUUAAAGCUCUUUCAAAGCUAUUAGACUUCCAGCAUCAAAUUCCUCAUGUCCAAUUUAUUCUCAGUUAUUCCACCAUCAUUCAUACGUAUUGUAAAAAUAAUCCUGAUUGUAUUGAUUUGAAGGAAGUAAACGUACUUCUAUCGCAUCUUCAAGAGAAAAUUUCGCAAGGUUGCGAGCCCAGUUUUCAUUCUUCCAUUACGACAAAAGAAACGCUGGAAGCUUUGAAAGCGAUAGGCAAUAUGGGACUCGAAACGAAAGACUUGCGAAGAGAACUGAAGAAAUGUAUAGACAAUACUGGUGGAUUCUUACCUAUGGAAGUUCGCGUUGCUGCCAUUGAUGCUCACCGUAGACUGCCGUCUUGCGAAGAAACUCGAGAUGAAUUCUUCCUCGAUUAUUAUCGUAACAUGACGUUGGAUACGGAGAUCCGUAUUGCCUCUUAUUUACAAGUGAUGCGUUGCCCUGAUUACAAUGUUAUCAAGACUAUCAAGCACGCUCUCAAAGUAGAAGAAGUCAACCAAGUCGGUUCUUUCGUAUGGAGUCACUUAACAAAUCUCUACAAUUCUGCCUCGCCUACCAGAGUCGAGAUCCAAAGUCUUCUGACGGAUCGGGACAUCGGCAACAAAUUCAAUAACGACAUUAGAAAAUUUUCGCGUAAUUACGAGAACUCCUUCUUUUCCGAAGAGUACAACAUCGGCAUGAGUUAUCAGACGAAUCUAAUUUUCUCGCCUAAAUCAUACGUACCACGCUCGCUUACCUUCAAUGUGACUACCGAUCUCCUCGGGCAAUCUGUGAAUCUGUUCGAAAUCACAGCGCGAAUGGAGGGUCUGGAAUAUUACGCGGAAAAUCUCUUCGGUCCGGAUGGCAUUUACAGUAAUGAACGAAUUUCAAAUCAUAUUCAGAAUUUUCUCAGACGUUUUAGAUCGACAUCCGAGAAUGAGAAUUAUUGGGAUGGCGUGAAACGGCUACCUAAUGUUAUUGAUAACAAUUUUGAUAAUCCGAAAAUAAGUUUCGGUUAUAAGAUAUUUGGGAACGAGUUGAUGUUUACGAUGUUGGACGGCGACAAGGAAGUGAGAGCCGCACUAAUGAAUUUCAAUCCCUGGCAGAGGAUAAAACAGUUUCUCGCUAUGCAGGAGAUCCUCUACGAGAAGACUGCAAUGUUCUUAGAUUCUUCUUAUGUAGUACCGAUGGGAUCUGGUUUGCCAAUUCGUUUGGAUCUUACUGGUUCUGCGGCUUGCUAUUUUAAGAUCUCAAAAAUGCUUAAUAAUGCUCGACUCUCUGAUAAUGAAUUUCAACUCACUGCCAAUAUCGCUUCCAGUAUUAGUGUCGAUAUGAUGAGCACAAUGACGGUGGAUGCUUUUUACAAAUCUGCCGGGCUUAAACUACGAACAAAUCUUUACACUUCCGGAAAUAUGCACCUUCAUCUGAAUUUAAACAACACCCGUUUAGUGCAUGUGAGUCUGGGCUUACCGAAUCGCAAGAUUGAAAUGUUUUCGUUAGUCUCGGACGUUGCUUUUAUCAAAAGCAACGGUGGCGAGGUGCAGGAAAAACUAUUGAGUAUUCUGGUAGCCGAUCAAAAUCAGAAAAACUUGCGACAUCUUGCUAUACCCAAGAAUAUCGUCAGCAACACUACUUGCAGCUGGGCCGCCUUAGAUAGGCUGAUCGGUUUAAAAAUGUGCACUGAUUAUCAAUUUACAAACGUGACAAAAGAUCCCAAUGCACCCUAUUUCGUUUUAAAUGGUCUUACGCUGUUCAAGGUCUCGUUGAUUAAAACUGAUCCAACCGCCAAAAAUUAUGUGUUAGAAUAUAGCUGGAACAAGACUCAGGAGUAUAGCACAUUUAAGUUAAUGUUCGAUACGCCUGGCUCUCAGGUGAAUAGAGAGAUAAGCGCUGUUAUCACCUUUGACAUAAUGAAUAAUAACGUUACUGCUCUAUUUCAUUCGGCUGGCAAUUCUCUAAUUGCUAAAGGUACAUAUAAACGUUCCGAAGAUGAGACUUUUAUAGAUAUUGGUUUUGAUAUUAAUGGCACAAAGCACUUAGAUGCUAGUCUAGGUUACUCGAGAAAAAAGUUCAAUCACGGUUAUACUUAUCAUCCUACAGCUCAUUUAAUUAUCAAUAGUGAACGCGUAGCUGCCAUUUCAGGUGCCAUUAGAAAUGCACAGAAGAACAAUGUUUCCCAGUUCGAUAUAGACCUGACCUUCCAAACGAAGCGAGUUUGGAGCAAAUUAGUCGGCUACAUUGUUAGGCGAAAUAUCAGCUUGGCCGGCGAUUUUCAGCUGGAUUAUCAGAUGCAACAUAUGCCAAGAAAGGAAACCCUCCACUUGGAGGUUUCGCUGUCUAAUCGCUCCUCGAAGACAUUAACGUACAAGGCCGCUGAAAUGAAGUUGCAUUCCACCGCCUAUCCACAACUCAACGCUGUAAUAAGCGCUUGGUACCAGCAAGCUCUUGGCCACUUGGAGCUCCAUGCCGAAGUAAAUUCCAAUCCGCACCUUAAGGACGAUCGGCAUAAACUCACGGCGCAGCUCAUUAUCUCCUAUUCGAAGAUGUACUUCCAGAAUCAAGGCACGAAGGUGACUGCGUUAAUAGCCGUCACUAAACCCAUCCAGAACUUGGAUCUCAAGAUGGGAGUUAAUCACCAUGUCCUUGGCCCUGAAUCGAAGACCAGCUUGCUCAUAGGAUACGCACCAGGCAAGGAGAUUAGUCUGAUCGUCAAUGUUAUUAUGCCGCGCGGUUUAUUAUUUUCUAUGGAAGGUCAUACAAACCUGACAAUUCCGAAUUUCAAUUCAAUGCUAAUCAACGCGCGUAUCAACGAGCGUUCGAGGAACGAGUACGACCUGGAGUUCUCCGGAACAUGGUUUAGCGGUCAUAAUAUGACUGCACGUGGCGCUUAUUCUGAUCGAUCGUCUGCCGUUAUCGUCAAUCAUCACAUGAAAAUGAUCUUCAAAUCGCCAAGCUUUGUCACUCCAAUUCUACUCAACUGCCAUUUAUAUCAGGACCACAGCGAUCUCAAAAUCAGUCUGUAUGCCGAACAGCUGGAUUAUGAUAAGUACGCUUUUGUGCUGAAUCACACGAUGCUGUCGGCGACCAAUUUAAUGUCUUAUGUAGAAGCGAGAUACCGUGGCAACGUGUACUCGGUGAUGACAAACGUCGAUACUACGCGAGAAAUUCGUGUAGAGCUACAUCUGCAUAAAUGGCGUGACGUGCAUCUGACUCUGAGCGGUAUCAACGAGGAGGAUCGGCAUGAGUUUGCGGCAGAAAUCAAGUGGGAUGCUAAUAGAGAUCCUACCUUGAAGCUGAGUACGAUGUUGCAGUUGAACAGGGUGUAUCUGAUAGACGUAAGUUCUCCCGGAAUCAAACGAAGCGUGUUGGUAAUGUUGACUUAUCCAGGUCGACUAGUAACCGGCUCUUGUGAUUUGAUCGUACGUAGUCCACACAGUUAUUUGGUAGAUAUUAUUCUGGAUUGGGGUUCGGAAAACGUGAUUAAGACAUCGAUUGGCGCGGACUAUGUCGUGCAGCCGGAAAUAACGACCGUUAAGUUGGAAUCGCAACUAUUGACGCCUUUCGAAAACUGGAAGAAGACUGCCUUGAAUACAAAAUAUCUACAACUGCCAAACAAGAUCCUAGCAAGCAGUAGUGUUCAUUGGAAAGACUCUCAGCACGUGGUAGCAGAGAUCUAUGCUAGUGCAAACGAAUACAAAGAUCUGAAAGAAUGGACAGCAAACUGCGGUUUGAUCAGUACCGUUCACUCUAACUCAGCAGUGAUCAUGAAUAUCACCCACAAAGUUCUACGCUCGCAAACGACGGAUACACACGUGUUGAUUAAAUAUAAUCCUGACAAGAUAAUUGACGCGCGCAGUGUUUGGCACUUGGACAAGGAAUCGGAUGACGUGUUUAAUCUAACCGGAAAUCUACAUUUGCAUUCGCCUCUGGCGAAUUAUCGGAACAGCGAACUCAAAUGCCAGCUGCGUCUUAUGACCAACUGGAAAUUCUUUGGCGCAGCCAAUCUUGACCUGGAUAAACGUAAAUACACUAGUCAAUUAAUCGGCGAUCUAGUACGCUGGAAGGAAUCCAAGGUGGAGUUUAACGUUACCAUGCCACUGGAGAAGUUUGCCUUUGUUCGUGGUAGAUUCGGUCUGUCGGAGAGCAACCAUCACGUAGUGGCAGAAGUUGUCACACCGAACGGUCCUCUAGGCGUUGAGGGAUUGUGUCAAAUCUUUAACGCUGCUUAUGACUUCAACGUCAAACUCAUGGUAGCGACGCCAAUCGAAGUGCUACAGAAAGCAUUGAUAGUGAUCAAGCUAAAUAGGCGUGAGGCUGACUUCAGAAUCGGUUAUAAUAACAUCACAGCGGGUUUCCUCGGCACUUGGCAUUAUCACAAUAUCACCGAUUUCGAUUACAGCUACAUAGUACUCACACCUCUUGAAGGUUUUCAAGAGUGCGGCGUGAUCACAAAACUGAUCAUAACGCACACAGAGCGUGAGCAUAUGUUGAAUGUAGAUACAGAGUUUUCGGCGAGAUUGGCGGAUCUUAAACUUGGUAUCAUGGCUAAGGGUGGACCGAAACCACCACCUGUUAAAAUUCCUCCGUUAAAACAGGGGAUUAUAAGAUCUAUGACAAACGAUUCCGAAUUGUCAGAAGAAGAGGAAGAAGAGGAAGAGGAUGAAGAAGAUGAGGAUAGUCUCUAUUGGCGAGGAGAAUUGCAGCUAUGGCUUGGAAUAAUCUCGGAUAUAUUGGCAGAACUAGAUAUCGAUACUGAAGAUUACACCUAUAAGAUACUAGGCAUAAUACAAAUACCAUUCGAAAAAAUUGUCAUAGAGGACAGCUUUAGCAUGGAAGAUGUUUUUCAUAUAAAAAACGAUCUACAUAUUGAUCUAACGUUUGGCAAAAUUAAAGAGAUAACGUCCUUAUAUGCCUUUAUCAUCGAUAUGGAGAAUCUCACUUACCUCAUGGACAUGAACUAAAACAUCAGAAAAAAUACUACAUGGUUCGAGACUGAAUUUCAUGGCAAUUAUACGUAUAAGAUCAAUAGGAACAAUCGAAAGGAUGUUGUACAUUUGGUGAAAUUCGACAUAAAGACUCCUUUAGAAAUUUUCAAAACCUUCAACACUAACGCGAUCAUAGAAAUCCAGAGCGAUCUAUACAAAGGUAUACUUACAAUUCAUGGAGACCAAUUGUUUUUGGAUAUACUUGGAAAUAUAAAGUUGGAACAGGCUUUGCUAGAUGUGAUGGUUUCGGGUCUGAUUGAUUCACCUAUUAUAAAAAUACCGAAAAUCACGGUUGCCGCGAAAAAGGAUUUCGCUGGAAACAGAAAGCAAGUUCAGUUCAACGCAAGGAUGGAACAUCCUAUAUCCAAACAAAUAUCCUUUGAAUCCGCCUGGCAAGUAGAUGAAUAUCUCAUAAAAGCUUCCGCAAAAUUGGAAAGCUGGAUAAAAGCUUUAGAAUCAUUAGAAACCGACAUCGUUUAUAGCAACGCAAUUAGCGUAAACAAUACCGCCAAGUUAAAUGUCCAUGUAACGCAUCUCGGUGAUCAAAAGUAUCAAUUGAUUGGAAACAUAAACAACGGUAAGAUCGACGGCGAUCUACACACGCCGCUGUCAGAAAGACCUCAUUUCCAGUUUCACGGUGACUUAAGACAAAUCAACGAAUCGUUGUACGAUAUCAGAGGAGAGUUAAGGAACGAUUUACAAGCGAAAUCUUACGACGUCAGCACUGUCAUCUUUGUGCAGAAUAAUAUUGUCGAUUCAAUAGAUAUAAAGGCCGAGCCGAAGAGCGCGAACACCAAUCGACUUAUUUUUAGAUUAAAAAAGAAGAAAUAUGGUCUCCUACUGGAUGUGGAUGGCGGAUCGUUCAAUGGUACCCUCGACGCAAACGUGCUUAACAAUCUGAAUUGGGAUGUGAGAGUUCGCACAGAUAUUCAAAAAGCUAAUGAAAUAAAUGUUUAUCAAUUAAACACCUUUAUGAAUGUGCAAGUAAAUGGCAAUACCACUCUAUAUAUUCUUGCGGAAACACCCUGGAAUGACAGCAGGAUCCUGACGGUGAAAGGUAAUAUAAUGCUGACUAACACGAGCGGCGACGUCCGGUUGGAUCAUCGAAUGAAUAAUGAUCGAUGUCAUGCAACUGCAAAAUGGAAAUUGAUCUACAUGGAGGACAUGCUUCUGAAAUUGAUUACGGGAUUUGACACCAGGGACCUGGGCAAAAAGGAAUUGUCCACUCAUGUAUUCUUUAAAAACCCUGGUCGAUUAUACAGGAACAUUGAUGUAGGUUUCGAUGUAGAUAUCGAUAAAAAGGUGUGGGAAUUUGAGACAAACGCGACUAUUGGUUUUCGCAAUCAGGAGAACAUUGACGCGGUGUUUGUCGUAAAAUUGCCACCUCCAAACAAUGAUGAUCAUCGAUUCCUGAUCAGCUAUCAUACUAAUAAAAAUAACAAGGAAGUACAAGUUAUUUCUUAUGUGGUGGGCUACAACACAGUUCGAACUCAUAAAAAUUAUGCUUCGGACGGAUCGAUUCGAAUGGCUACGCGUGACAUUAACGGGCACUUCCGACUGACUUGGGGAUUGUUGCCCAUGCAAUCCGUCAACAAUCUCUUCAAUAUCACUUUUAAUAAGAACGAGAUGGAUCUCAAAUAUUCACUCUAUACACCUUUCAUUUUGCAAGAAGAAACGAUCGUACUUCUCUUCAAUUAUGAUACUAAUUCCGAGCAAUAUUUGAUCAACGCUGAUCUUUUUUAUCCUUCAAGACGGCAAGUUGGAACUGCAAAGAUAUCUUACGAAAGUCUGAUGAACGUUAAUGGAACUGUUAACGCUUCAAUACCUAUGCAACAAUUGUCAUACGUUGGAUGUAAUUUUGUUAUACUUACUACCUUGAAACAGAAUAAAAGAUUCUUCGAGUUCUUUUGGCCUAAUAAUACGGGUUUAUUGAAUUCCGAUUACAAUUAUCACAGUGAGCGAUUGGAUUCGAAUCUGGAAGGCGUUUUGCACAUAGAAGUUCCUCUGAAUGCUCGUCACAUCGGCAUUCUGAACUAUGGCUACAAGAAACGUCCACAAGUCAUCAAUGGCCACUCUACCUUAAUGUACAAUAAUCAAAAGGUGCUACAUGUUCAAUAUAAUUCAAAGAGUGAGUCUCGAGCCGGUUUCGACAAAGAUCGCAUGCAGAUCACGGUGGAGAAUAUUUACAAGCCUAUAGGUAUUGUCUACGUGAACCAGUAUGAGUACAGUGGUGGAAACGAAGGUACCAACUAUCCCACUGUCGAGUUCAAACAGGUGAAUAUCUAUCGACUAGAUAACAGCUCGGCGUUCAACAUCGCCGGUGAAUCUAGAAUCCGAACUACUCACACCGGCCAGAACAUCCAUCUGAAGGCGAUGCAUUUAAACAAGACACUCCAGUUAAAGACAGACUACGAGGUUUUGUCCGGCGAGUUUGAUCACAACACUUGGUUGAGCUUAGCUGAAGACGCGUGGGUUUCUUACCAUGUGAAUAUUCUGAAUAAAACUACCGAGGAAAUAGACAAUCAGUUCCUUAUUCUCAGUAUCUGUUAUCCACGACGAAACUUCACUUUGGGCGGAUCCUAUAGGAUCACUAGCGACGAAUUGAACUCUGAAGCGAAUUUACAAUGGGAACGUGAUGAUGAGAAGUCGAGGAGCAUUGGUGCAAUUUUUGAUUGGAUGAAUAUCACCGACACGUCGAUGGAGAGUCAACAGCAAGCUAUGUUAACCUUUUAUCAUCCAACUUUCGAGAAGAACGUUACUUUAAAGGGUGUAUUAAUGAGAAAAGACCAUAGGGAUUUGCUGAAUGUCGCUUUCACCGCAGAUUAUUCCAAUAACGAAAAUAAAUUAUUAACAUUGUCCGCAUUGUUGAGAGACGAGAGUGAUGAAAUGAACAAAAAGUAUGCCUACAAGAUAGCCGGGAAACAAACCAGUACUAAAUUAGAUCUUGAUAUCGAGGGAUUUAUUUAUAAACAAGAAUUUAUACUACUUGAAACGGUGAAUCACGCUCGGUACGCGCGCGGUUAUUUGCCGAGUGAAAGUGGAGAAUUAAUUAGUCGAAUCGACCGGAGAUCGAAGGAAAUAAUUUAUCGACGAGUAAACAAUGACCAGGUCAAAUAUUUCGCGAUCGGUUAUUAUCCUUCGCCUUCUCAAUACAUUAUAAAUGGUAGCGCUAUCAAUACACCGGAACUUAAUGCCACCGGCAUUUUCCUCUUGGACUCGGAUGAGAAACUCACUUGGAUGAUGGUGAAUUAUACACCCGAUGCAACAGUCAGCUUAAGAAUGCACGGCAGUAUUCCGGACGCUAGAAACGCUAUAUUUAAUGUUUGGAGAACCUACGACGAUGAUUUAAGAAUUUCGGACGUUUCUUUCUACCUGAAGAUGAAUCACUCAAGGCUCGUUACUUCAACUUUGCGAUGGCGGCCGGAACUUAAAAGCGAUGUUAUUACUAUUGCAAAAACGACAUUCAAUGAAAUGUGCGAAAGCAUGAAUAAUGAUAUUGAUUAUUGGAAGCAUUAUAUAAAGAGCGAAGUAAAAAGUGCUAUCAUGGAUGUAUGGGAGGAUGCUCAGGAGGACAUUUCGGGAUUCCUUGACGAUUGGAAUGAUUUGAAAAUUCUCGAGAAUGAUUUUGAAGAUCUCAAGAUAUAUCUGAACAAUUCCUAUAACGCGAAUGACUUUUACAUCAAGGAUAUCAUCGGUUUCGGUAUAUUCAUCAUCGACGAACUGUCUCUGCGAAGUCACAUUGAAUCCCUUCCUAACAUUUUAAAUGAAAUCUGGGAGAUAAUGGGCGAAUCUGGGGAAGCUUUGCGAAAUUCGUUGCUCUGGUUGAUUGAGACUAUCAAGAAUGCUUAUCAUAAGGUGUCCGAGAUUAUAGCCGCUGUAUUGAAAGGCGAUUCAUUGUCGCAAGUAGCGAAUAUAAUUGAGAAGCUGAUCGAAAAGUACGACAUAUUUAUCAAGGAUCUUCAUGUAUCCUUCAUUAAAUAUAUCGAAAAUUUGUGGAACACGAUUUUCUCAUCCAUCUCAGAACAAUGGUAUCGCUUCUUGAAAUUAAUGGAACCUCUGUUUAUCCGUUUUCUUCAUUAUGUUGAGACGCUCCUUUGGAAAGCAAGCAAAGAAAUGCUGGACUUCUUGUACGAUCGUAAAAAAGAGAUCAUCACAUCGCCGUACUUUGAUCGCUUUACUAAUUUCACCCAUGACGUCGAUAAGGUCUAUCGCGACAUCAAGGCAAAUGAUAUCGUGACCAACAUGCACAAGUAUUCAGGCUUGAUAAUACAGUUCGUAAAACAGCGCUACUUCGCCUUCGUGCCAUUCGGCAAGGAGCUUAAAGAUGUCGUAGAUGAGAUCGUAUUAGAACUGAAAGAGCUCCGGAAACUGCCGUCGGUCAACUAUUCUGUAGAGAAACUCGAGCAGUUAUAUGAAAGAAUUAGCUACUUCUGCGAGUACUUUGAAGUUAAGUUCAAAAUAGAAGGUUUUAUUCGAUUGGUGCACUCCAAGAUGAUGGACAUUAGUCAAACGGCGCUGGAAGCCGAGAAUCGUUACAGAGAGGCUAAAACCAUGUUCAUCUUCGAUCCUAAUGAGGGCUUGAUGUGUCUGGAGCAAAAACUACCUAUGUCUUGGCAUGCCUUUAAUCAAACGCCCGAGUUUCACGAAAUACCGGAGAUCAGAGCGAUCGCUGACUUCAAGACAUACUUUGUCACCUCAAACACUACUUUCUGGAGUCUUUACUAUCAAUACAAGCCAUACUCGGAGUUGUCAAACUGGUUACCACCGUUCAAAGCGCAAGCCAUGAUUAUUGGUUCCCAGCAUUAUAUUACUUUCGAUGGACGUUACUUUGAAUUUGCGGGAAAUUGUAUCUACUUGUUAGCGAAGGAUUUUGUACGCGACACUUUCACAAUUUUGGUGAAAUAUGAUCAACAAGAUGAGGAAAUUACUCACAAGAUUAUAGUGCUAAUCGGAAGCAAUGCUAUCGAAUUGGACCUCUUCAACGAUACAAUGAAGCUGAUCUCUCAGAAAUCAGCAGACAUUACAAGCAACCUGCAGCUACCGAUUGAAUUAGACAACGACACAUAUGUUUAUCAAGUGGAGAAUGUAGUGAUAGUAGAACGCAAACACAACCAAUUUCGACUCGAAUGUAAUCUCAAGUUCAACGUAUGCACCUUGGAACUAUCCGGUUGGUAUUAUGGGAAGACAGCCGGUCUUCUUGGUACAAUGAGUAAUGAACAGUUUGACGACACCCUGGGAUCGAACAAGUUACUCCUAAAGAAUAUCAGCAGCUUCGCUCAUAGCUGGUCCAUCGACGAAAACUGCGCCGACACGACAAAUCGCGCCAGUAAGAUUCAACAGCAGGAUGGCCCGGUAGCCACGUUCUGCGACGAGCUGUUCGUGAACAAGAGCUCGGAAUUCAGCGUCUGUUUUGGCGUGAUCAAUCCAACCGAAUACGUCGAUAUGUGUCUAAGUAGCCUGACUGAGACCGAAGUGUGCACAGUGGCGAUGUCGUACAUGCAGAUGUGUAUGUUCCGCGACACUUAUCUGCGAAUACCCGACCGAUGUACCACAUGUACCAUGAUGGACGGCAGCCAGGUGGCCGAGGGUCGUUUUAAGCGAUUGGAGGGCGACAGAGUGCCGCGAUCAGCCGACGUGGUGUUCAUCGUCGAGGCGAAGAGCUGCAAUCACGACAUAAAGAUGAACAGCAGCAUGGAGCUACUAAUCACCCAGCUCAGUAAAGAAUUGAACGAUCAAGGUCUCACGGGCAAUCGAUGGUCCUUGGUAGUAUUCGGUGGUGACGGAGUACAUGACAAACCCAGAAGUAUCAUCCUUGACGGGCAGAUCUUCACAAAGAACGUACCGCGCUUCGUCGAUUACUUCGAUUAUGUGCCAAUCGGCAGCGGCAGUCAGGACAUCUUCGCCGCAAUCGGUUUCGCCUCGCGGCUCGUCUUUAGAGCCGGCGUGUCGAAGACCUUCAUACUAGUACCAUGCUCGCAUUGCGAACCAGAGAAUCAAACGCUGGAAUAUUCCGUGUUACACCAAGUACUACUGGAGCACGACAUCACUUUGCAUAUAUUGAUGGACGGCGACUUCCAAUUCGAGAAGGAGAAAAUCAGCAAGAUUUUCUACGGUUUAGAUGCGGCCAAGUCAUACACGAAGAAGGAUUCCCGUGUUUUGAUUGGCGACGUGGAUCUGAGAAGACAGGUCAAGCUCUCCAAGAAUGUGCUGGGUUACUGCACGCCACUAUCUCUAGAGACAAACGGCACGAUAUUUAGCGGAGACAAGUUACGUCUUGAAAAGUCGGCUUCGAUCAAAAAGUUUGCAAGCGUCUUUUCGAAGAGGAUCGCUCUCACAGCCGAGCCGAACAAAUGUCAGUUCUGCGAAUGCACCGCUGAUAAUAACGGCGUCACGCAGAUGGAAUGUAUGCCGUGUAUAUAUCCGACACCCGUGCAUGUGAAUUACGUGUGUGAGACUUUUAAUCUCAACGAGUCGCUCUCGAUGAUGCCGCCAUUGGACGAUAUAGAUUAUGGCCAAAUCGAUAUAGAGAAUGACUGAAAUAAAAUUAAGGAAAUCCAUACACUCCGUAGAUAAAUAAUAUAGGAUGCUAGAUAACUCGCUGGUAUAUAUAUUAGCCAUAUUUAUUUAUAAUAUAGCUUAUAAGAUGCAGUCCACUUGAUGCUACAAGUACUUCGAAGCAUUUGAUUGACCAGAGGAAAAAUUUACUAUAAAUUGAUCAAUCAAAGGGUGCGUUCCAAGUUAUGCAUGAAGCGCAUAAUGUAUCGUUUUUUCCUGCUUUAUUAUUUGAUGAACAAGGACAAAUAAUGCAUCAUGCGUUUCAUGCGUAAUUCGAAACGCAUCCAAAAAAUGCUUCGAAGCAUUUUGUAGCAUCAAGUGACUAUAAUAUAGGUAAUAUACCUACCUCCUUGUCCAAUCCAAGAUUUUUCUUACAAUAAAUUAGGACAUUAAACUUGGUUCGCAUUAAGAAUAUCUAUUGGAAACGUACAGAAAAUUUAAGUGUAUCAAAUGAAUUGCACAAAUCUAUGUACAUUAUUUUUAAAUAACAAUUGGCAAUCUGAUGUCAGAUUUUAUGAUUCAUAUUCUACGACCGCA